GGGCGGCCCCCUCACCGCUCGUACUCCUUACGCGCCGGCCUCAAAAUGGCCGCCUUCUGGCGUCUCUGGCGCUGUUGAAUGAAGAAAGCUUUAUUGUUCCCUUCGGGCAGGAGUGUUCGUGUCCUCUAUGGCGCUGUCAAUAAAGAACGGCAGUUUGAAUCGGUGCUGAACAGAGAGGCAUUGGAUUUCUACAAAUACAGACUUCAGAGCCUGGCUGCCGGAGUUUGGACCCCAGCUCUGCCACACAUUCGUGUUACCCUAGGAGACCGUACUGAUCCUCACGGAGUGGGUCCGGAAGAAGUCCUGGGGCAGAGCGCAGGCCAUGGAGCUCCCCAGCUACGGCCAGCAGCUGCUGCAGCAGCUCUACACUCUGUGCAAGGAGCAGCAGUUCUGUGACUGCACCAUUUCCAUCGGCACCAUUUACUUCCGGGCCCACAAGCUGGUCCUGGCCGCCGCCAGCCUCCUGUUCAAGACGCUGCUGGACAACACAGACACCAUCUCCAUCGAUGCGUCUGUGGUGAGCCCCGAGGAGUUUGCCCUCUUGUUAGAAAUGAUGUACACUGGCAGACUACCCGUGGGCAAGCACAACUUCUCCAAAAUCAUCUCUCUGGCCGACAGCCUCCAGAUGUUCGAUGUGGCCGUUAGCUGUAAAAAUCUUCUGACCAGCCUUGUGAACUGCUCUGUUCAGGGUCAGGUGGUGAGGGACAGCUCCGUACCAUCCUCGGAGGCAUUCAGGAAAGAACCGGAGAAGCCUGACAUAGAAGUCCUUGCCUCUGAGGGCACUGCAGACCCUCGCCCUUCCCUGGAGGCUUCUGCCCCUCUAGGGGGCCGUGUGAAAGCCGAGGCCGAGGACGCAGUCGAUAUGGUUGCCGGAGAGAUGAGUGUGGGGCCUUCCAUUGCCCAGGGGAUGCAGGGGAACACAGACACCCCGGGGCAGACUCCUCGUCUAUCUGAAGUUUGUUGCCCCUCCCCUGCUGUACAAGCCUUUAGAGAGGCAAAGGAGGCCGGCACAGAGCCAGAGUAUGAGAGGAAACAGCAUCAGCUGAAUUUUCUUCUAGAGAAUGAAAGUGUCUUCUCUGAUGCACUCUUGGUUACCCAGGAUGUUUUAAAAAGACUAGAAGAAUGUUCAGAAAUUAAAGGUGCACAAGAGGAGACUAUAAUGGGAUGUCUUGAGGGUGAAGAAGGACACUCAGCGUUCCAGAGAAUCCUGGAUAAAGUCAGAGACGAGAGCCUGGACGUUCAGACUGUUGUGUCACUGUUGAGGCUGUACCAAGAUUCCAAUCCCGCAGUAAAGAGAGCGCUGUUAGACAGAAAGGCGAAAGGUGUGGAUGCCGUGCGGCCAGAAGGGAGCACAGAGGAGGGAACGACUUUGUCUGCUCUGUUACUAGAACACAAAGAGGACCUGAUCCAGGGUGUCACACAGCUGAGACCUAUCCUGGAGUUCCUGGAAACAGCCACGGAGGAAUUCCUGCCUGACACUGAGAAAAGGGUGAUCCUGAAUUGCUGCGAGGGCGGAACACCCAAGGAGACGAUGGAAAAGCUGCUGCACAGAAUGUCUGAAGACAGGACUGUGACUGCAGAGAGUUUGGUAAAGCUCCUUCAGGCUGUGAAACCGACGUCCCCGAACUUGGGCCUCCUGCUGGAGAAUUUGCAGAGAUUAGCCACCUCGCAGGGCACCGCAGUCCAAGCAAGCCCUGAUGAUUAUGGGACCGAGCUGUUGAGACGGUAUCAUGAAAACCUCUCGGAGAUUUUCACAGACAACCAGAUAUUACUAAAAAUGAUCUCACACGUGAAGGGUUUAGCCUGUGGAGAAAGAGAGGUCAUGGAGAAGCUCGUGAAACGUGACUCUGGCUCAGGUGGUUUCAGUUCUCUGAUGUCAGCAGUUCUAGAAAAGCAGACUCUCUCUGCAACGGCCAUUUGGCAAGUGCUGCUGGUGGCUCAGGAGACCAAGACCUGCCCGCUGAACCUGCUCAUGGAGGAAAUACGGAGGGAGCCUGGCGCCGAUGCCUUCUUCCGGGCAGUGGCCGACCCAGAAAGUGCAGCUUUGGAAGCCAUCCUGAGGCAUCGCAGACUGAUCCUAGAGGCCAUCCAGCAAGGGACGGGACUCAAGGGCUUUACCGUGGAGGAGGAGCUGCUGGCAGAGGCUGUGAAGGAGAUUCUGAGCAUUUCCUCGGAGACUGCGAGCCCUGAAGCUUCCCUGAAAGUAGUGCUGACCAGAGCCAUGGAAAAAUCCGUCUCGGCCAUUGAAAUAUGUCACCUCCUGUGCACCGUGCACAGAUCUUUCCCAGACCUGCAGCCUGUCAUGCACGAGUUAGCACACGCUGGCUUCCUUACUCAGGAAAGUGGAGGGAAGGAGAGGUGGAAGGUGAGCGGUAAGUUUCGCCGUGAAGCCGACAGCAGAACAGACGAGAAGGUGGCCGAGCCGGCGGAGGAAGGCUGCCAGUCUGGGAAACAGAGCAGUCCAGGAGAGACUGGGUCCUUGCCAGAGAGACAAGAGAAAGACACGUCUGCCUCCUCCGACGCUGCCAAGAAGAGCUUCGUGUGUAAGGCCUGUGACAAAAGCUUCCACUUCUACUGCCGCCUGAAGGUGCACGUGAAGCGUUGCCGGGCGGCCAAGAGCCAGCAGGUGCAGUGCAAGGAGUGCAGUGAGACCAAGGGUUCCAAGAAGGAGCUGGAGAAGCAUCAGCUGGAGGCCCAUGGUGCAGGAGGAGAUCCCGAUGUCCCAAAGAAGAAGAAGAAGAGGCUGCCAGUGACAUGUGACCUCUGUGGGAGAGAGUUUGCCCACGCCUCAGGCAUGCAGUACCACAAACUGACAGAGCACUUUGACGAGAAGCCUUUCUCCUGUGAAGAGUGUGGGGCCAAGUUCGCGGCCAAUUCUACCCUGAAGAACCACCUUCGCCUUCACACGGGGGACCGCCCGUUCAUGUGCAAGCACUGCCUCAUGACCUUCACCCAGGCUUCCGCCCUGGCCUACCACACCAAGAAGAAGCACUCGGAAGGGAAAAUGUACGCUUGCCAGUACUGUGAUGCUGUGUUCGCCCAGUCCAUUGAGCUGUCCCGCCACGUGAGGACCCACACUGGGGACAAGCCGUAUGUCUGCAGGGACUGUGGCAAGGGCUUCCGGCAAGCCAACGGCCUGUCCAUCCACCUGCACACCUUUCACAACAUCGAGGAUCCGUACGACUGCAAGAAAUGCAGGAUGAGCUUCCCCACGCUGCAGGACCACCGCAGGCACAUCCACGAGGUGCACUCCAAGGAGUACCACCCCUGCCCCACAUGCGGGAAGAUCUUCAGCGCCCCCUCCAUGCUGGAGCGGCACAUGGUGACCCACGUCGGCGGGAAGCCCUUCAGCUGCGGGAUCUGCAACAAGGCCUACCAGCAAUUGUCUGGGUUGUGGUACCACAAUCGGACCCACCACCCUGAUGUGUUUGCCGCUCAGAACCAUCGAUCUUCCAAAUUCUCAUCACUGCAAUGCAGCUCCUGUGACAAAACCUUUUCCAACACCAUUGAACACAAGAAGCACAUCAAGGCAGAGCACGCAGAUAUGAAGUUCCACGAAUGUGAGCAGUGUAAGGAGCUCUUCCCCACACCAGCCUUGCUACAAGUUCACAUCAAGUGUCAGCAUUCAGGGUCCCAGCCAUUCCGGUGCUUGUACUGUGCAGCCACCUUCCGUUUCCCGGGAGCACUGCAGCACCACGUCACCACGGAGCACUUCAAGCAGUCCGAGAGCACCUUCCCCUGCGAGCUCUGCGGGGAGCUCUUCACCUCCCAGGCCCAGCUGGAUGGUCACUUGGAAUCCGAACACCCCAAGGUGAUGGGCUCUGAACCCCAAGCGGCAGCUUCCCAGGUGGUACAGGUGAUCCAGGCCCCGGAGCCGGCAGCCCCGACGGAGCAGGUGAUCACUUUGGAGGAGACCCAGCUUGCUGGGUCACAGGUGUUUGUGACAUUACCAGAUUCGCAGACCUCUCAGACCAGCUCUGAGCUUGUGGCAGUGACCGUGGAGGAUUUGCUCGAUGGCACUGUGACCCUGAUCUGUGGCGAGGCCAAGUGAGUGGCCGCUCAUCCCAUGGAGGGUCCUGCAUUUGCAGCAGAGAGAACGUUCUGCGGCCUGCCGUUUGCCCUCCGUCCCUGGCUGUCCCGAGUAGCGAGCAUCGUAGCCUGCACCAUCCGGAGCGCGCUCACUCUGUUCUCAGAGAACCAGCGGUGUUGGUGUCCUUGGCGCAGACACUGCCGCCCUCCCCAGGGGACAGGCCUAUUCCCAUAGGCCUACCGCUGUGGCCUCUGUGGUGAGCAGUGGGGUGGGAGUGGUGACCAGGCCAUCAGAGAGGUGCCGCGCGCCAGCUGCCUUCGCUGUGCAGAAUGGCAGGCAGCCGUGGGCCUACGGUCCACACACUGGGGCUGUCAAUGCUGCCGGGGCCUCCUGGCCAUUUAGAAAUGAGAGAAAAGCACCAACACACCAUACAGAGACCGCCGCCCCCCACCCCCGGCCGGAGCACACCGGGCUCCUUCCUCACUCCGUCAUCCUCCCAUCCGCUUGGGUGGCCGGGCCUCUCCUGGUGGCAGGAGGACAGGAAGCAGCGCAUUAACACAGGCCGAGUCCCACCUCUUCAGUACAGUUAGCCCUUCCCCAAACCAAGCCCUGCAGGGUUUCUGCGAUACGCUCCGUGUGGGGCCGUCCAGCUGCAGAGACAAGCCCUGCCCUUCCGGGAUCUUCUCCGUGGUGGUCUGUACCCGAGGGCUGUCCCUGCAGCCUUCUGUGUUCUCCUCAAAGCCGAGACUGUCGGCCGCUUGCUCUGGAGCCUGGGGCAUGGCCCAUGAACCGGCACCGGGUGCCGGGUGUCGGGGUGCUCUGGCUCCUCCUCCCGCCACGUUCUGGAUGCCUUGGGAGUGGCCUGCUGGCCACCUCUUCCAGGAGGCCGCUGUUACUGCAGGCUGGUGAUCCUUCGGAGUCUGAAUUUCACAAAGCUUUUUUAUCUUCAGUUCCUAAAAUAUAAUCUGAUAAUUAAUGGUUUGUGGAAUCCAUUAUGAAGUGCAAUUAGAUGGAUGUAGGUUCCCGCCGUUCGGAGGGAAUGACUAGCAUUUAUCUUCCUUUCCCCGGUGCCAGAAGGUCGCAGUCUGCUCGUGAGUGGCGUGUUUACACACCAAGCAGGGCUGCCUGCCCCCUCGCGCGGCUUCUCCCUCGGCAGGGGUGGUGCACAUUUCAUCACUCACCCUCCGACUGGAGGCUGGCAGAGGACAGGCCCGUGCCAUCUUUCUGAGCACAUUUCACGUCCCCAAGUACAAGCAGGGACCAGGGGUCAGUUUGGGACACAGUCAGGACUUUGCCGGCCUCCGCACACCGCUGGUAGGACCAAAGGCAGAGCCCCGCCAUCACCCCGCGUGGCCGCUGCGGCCGUCUGUCCACCUGUGCGCCGGGGCCGAGUUCCAGCUCGGGCCCACACGCCGGGCAGCUCCCUCCUCCCGCCUCCACUUGUGUCCUCAUCUUGAUCUGCACGUCAACUUGAGCUUGUCAGCUCAGGGAUCUUCCCAUUCUGGAGCAAAUGAAGUUUUCAAAGGGAAGUUCUCAGAAGCUGGAACCUGACCAGAAGAUGGUGCUCAAACCUUGAAGACGUGGCCUCCACGCGCAGCCCUCGCUGCUCCUGCCACCGCUGGCUUCUCUUCAGGUGGUGCGGUCCGGGAGAGCUCAUGACCGGCAAGGGGCAGAGUGGCACCGGGUCUCCUCCUGGC